AUUCAGUUGAACACACAUUUAGGUACGAAGAGGUUGAAGAAACUAAAAAUAAUAAAACAAAAAUUUCUUUUAACAUAUUUUAACCACAAUUAUUUAGAAUUAAAAAAAAUAGGAAAACCUCGUACAACUAUUUUUAGAAUUGAAUAAAAAACAAGUGUAAUAAAUAUAAAAACAAACAAAUACCAAUUAAUUAAUUAAUGAAAUCAUGAAUUAGACAACAUUUUUUUGAAAGUAUUGAAAACUAACAUUAAGUAAAAAAUAUCCACACAUUCAAAAAAUGGCUAAGAUCGAUUGUAAGUCAAGGCGUGGCACCAAAAUCUCAGUUAUGAUCUUGGGUGGUGCCCUCUGUACCGUAAUGAUGGCCUAUUUUGUAUUUGGUGAUACAAAUGACGAACGUGGCUUGCGAAAUUUACGUAUGAUAUCAAUUCUUUUUAGACACGGUGAAAAGAAUCCAAGUGAACUAUAUCCUAAUGAUUCUCAUGCUACACAUGAAUGGCCUGGUGGUUUAGGAGCGCUGACACAGAAAGGCAGUCUUCAAUCCUACAAUUUGGGCAAAAACCUGCGAAUGCGCUAUUAUCGACUGCUGCCGCCGAGUGGUCUCUAUACCCAGCAACAAAUUAGGGUCUUGAGUUCAGCAGCCGAAAGAUGUAUUAUGAGUGCUAAUAGUCUGUUGGCAGGAUUUAUGCCUCCAUUAGAACACAGUAAUCCUUUGCCCAUGCAAUGGCAACCUGUGCCAGUUAAUACUAUACCAAGACAAGAAGAUACGCUAUUGGCCCAAAAGAAACCAUGUGCAAAAUAUGAUACAAUUUUAGAUAAAUUAUAUAAAAAUCCACCUCCAGAUGUGAAAAAGUUAAACGAUGAAAAUGUUGAACUGUAUAAACUAUUAACGCGACAUACGGGCAAGAAUAUAAGCAGUGUAUUGGAUGUUGAAUAUUUAUACAAUACAUUGAAAAUUGAAAGUGAAGCCGGUUUAGAUUUACCCGAUUGGUCUGAAAAUAUCUAUCCGGAACGUUUGGAACCAUUGGCAGAAAGAAGUUAUGCGCUCUUUACGGAAACGAAUCUUAUGAAAAAAGUAAAGGGCGGUUCAUUUCUAAAUGAAAUUCACUCGAAAAUGAUUGAUAAAAGGAAGCGUAAUUUGAAUCCGGAUCGUAAGAUAUUUUUGUAUGCCGGUCAUGAUGUAACGCUGGUAAAUGUUAUGAACUCUUUGAAUAUUUUGGAUCAAACGGCAAAAUUACCAGAAUAUGCUUCGGCACUAGCAUUUGAGUUACAUCAUAGUUCGCUGUUUAAAGAUGAUUUUGAAGUUAAGAUUGUUUAUUAUUACAAUAGUGAUGACAAAUUUCCCAAAGAGUUGGCGAUACCCAAUUGUGAUGCUCCUUGUUCGUUAACAAAAUUUUCGGCAUCUAUUAAACAUUUACUAUUGACUGAUUAUGAUGAGACUUGUGAAAAUGUCAAGCCUGAUUGUACGACCAAAUGACUUAAAAAAAAUAAUUGUAUUUAUAAUUUCCAGACGAGAUUUUUAAAUACUGUUCUCUCCAUAUGUACUUGUAUUGUUGUAAUGUGAUAGUUAAAAAAAAUAUUUUAAAUAAAUGUUGUUAAAUUUGUUGUUAAAGUUA